AUGAAACUUUUCUAUACCAUUUCCAAAACCAGCUACACCAGUGUUAUUGUUGUUUUAGACAAAGAAGGUGUGGUGUACUACGCAGCCUUGGGAGACAACCUGCUGGUGCUCACCAAGACCAUGCAAGCCGACUUUGCCAAGAUCAAGAAACUGGGUAUUGUGGCCCCUUCUCUAUUUACUGAAGGCCUGAACGAGAAAAUCAGCAACACCAACAAAUUAUUCUGUGACGUGAUUGAAAAUCCCACGCUAAUUAACACAGCGAACGCGGAACAAACCAUUCCGCACAAAUUCAUCUUCGGGACGCCCUUGCAGCAAAAGGUGUGGACUUACUUGUUGGAUGAAACCACACACGGUAAGUAUUCUACAUACUCGGAAAUUGCUACUGCCUUGCUGAUUCCGACAAGUUCCAGGGUUGUGGCCAACGCGUGUGGUGCCAACAAGAUCGCUAUCUUGGUUCCUUGCCACCGUGUUCUCACCAAGGACGGCAAAAUAAGUGGCUACAGAUGGGGUGUGGCGAAGAAGAAGAUUCUUUUGGACCGUGAGAAUCAGAAGGGGUCUAAGGAGAAUAACACAUGGAAGUUGGACUUAUUGGAAGUCAAGUUUUUCAACACCAAACCCCGUUUCCCAAGAACCAAGCUCUUAUUAAAGUCAAAAAAGUUGAAGUUCAACUUGCCAGAGUCCAGAGAUGCUGCUUUGGAACAGGUCAACACCCUAAAGAGAGAGCUCUGCGAAAGAAAGGUCCACGCAUCCAAGACAAAACUUGAGAGGGCGUUAAAAAAGUACGCCAAGGUCGAGGGCGGUAAGGCUACUCUCCAGCUCAGUAAGAUCAUUGAUAACACUUCCAAACGGUACACCGAAGCCUUGGUCGCUGUCACCACGAUUCAAGGCUUGCAACUUGGAUAUGUUGCCAAUGCUAAAUUGGUCAAGCUUUGUGAAAAAGUCUACCUUACAUCCAAGGAAUUAAAACUGUACCCACCACUGUUUAUUCCUGAAUGGAUUAAGGAAGCCAUUUUGGAUAAAUCUAACCCUAGCAAUCCGUCUUUCCAGUUCAAGAACAACUCCAAUGAAGUUAACAACAUGGUAUCAAAGAUUUUCAACACUAAAGAGUUCAAGGAUUUGUUGGCAAACGCCGAAUCCAACAUGAAGUUGGUUUUGGGGCCAGUGGAUAAGCCUGUCACCGAAGAAGCAACCGCAGACUCUGAUUCCAGUUCUGACUCUGAUUCAGAAUCCGAUGAUGAAUCUGUCUCUGAAAUCUCUAAGGGCGAAGAUACAGUGUCAAGACAGAAAGAGGUAGAAGGAGACGAAGAAUUCGACUCCGAUUCCAGCAUCGACUACGAUGUGUACAAAGACAUGGUGGCUGCCUCUUCCGAUGAAGAUGAACUGGUUGUUUUAAAUGAGGAUAUUGAUUAUAACGAUGUUACCGACCAGGAGCCAAGCGAUGAAGAAGAAAAUUCUGAAGACUCUGAAGUUCCAGAGAAAAAGAUAAAGGAUAAGAAAAAAAAGGAAGUAUUUCCAGAAUUAGCAUCCGGAUAUUUCUCUGGCGACUCUGGAUCCGAUAUUUCUGACGACGAGAUGGUCAAAAACAUCACCAAACCGAGAAAGAACAGAAGGGGCCAGAGAGCCAGACAAAAGAUCUGGGAGCAGAAAUAUGGGGCCAAGGCCACACACGUACAGAAGGAGCAGGAGCGUUACAAGUCCGAGAGAGAGACCAAACAGAAGGAGUACGAAGCCAGAGUUGCCAAGAGAGCGUUGUUAGCUGCGCCCUCCGGUACUAACGACAUCCCAUUGGGUGACAGAGGCGCCAUCCAGGCUGCUGCCUUGAAACGUAAGGCACAGGAAGACGCACCAUUGCAUCCGUCUUGGGAGGCCAAAAAGAAGCAGAAAGAGAUGACCCAGGCCAAGUUCUCGGGUAAGAAGGUUACUUUUGAUUAGUCGGACUUUCUAUGUAAUACAAAAAUUGUAUGUAAAAUAUUAUCGUGG